AUGGACGAAGCCAAGCCCCCGAAGCCUCAGUGUGGAGGAGGGGCAGCAUCUACCGAGGAAUAUGACUUGGCCUUACAUACUGCCGGCUUGUUCUUGGUCUUGGCUGCCUCUUGUAUUGGAUGUGGCUUUCCCGUCGUGGCAAAGAAGGUCAAGUGGCUCAAGAUACCUCCCAAGAUAUUCUUUGCAUGCAAGCAUUUUGGCACCGGUGUUCUCAUUGCAACUGCAUUUGUCCACCUUCUGCCGACCGCCUUUAGCAGCCUCAACGACCCAUGCCUUCCGGACCUCUUCACAGACGACUACCCAGCUCUCCCGGGAGUCAUUAUGAUGGGGUCUCUCUUUGUUCUCUUUGUCAUCGAGAUGUGGCUCAACGCAAAAACUGGCGGGCACUCACAUGGUGGCCCAACAGGCGAGACGAUCGUUCAUGAGCACGCGCAUCCACAGAACCCAGUGCCUCCGGCGUACCCAUAUGGAAUGACACAAAAGCCGAACAGCAUGGUCACCGAGUAUCCCCUCGAGAAAGAAAGCUCACGCGGGUACCGCGGAACAAGCAGCGUCUACGAUCACCAAGGACCGCCCAACCCAUACUCUGAAGAAGGCAAGCGAGAUAGCCUGUCGACUAUGCCUGCCUGGUUCAUCGUCUUUUACGAACAAUAUGUCCGUCAGCAAAACUUGAUGGUCGACUUGAUCCAUGCAAAUGGAGGCAGCGGGUCGGCUAAGGAGGAGCCUGCACCAGCAGCUGAGCCUCAUGUGGACGAAGAGAACCAGCUGGUCGAUCCGGACGUCUACCGCAAGAUGUCGACCAACAUUACGCUUCUCGAGGGCGGCAUUCUGUUUCACUCAGUCUUUGUUGGGAUGACGGUGUCAAUCACCAUCGAUGGCUUCGUCAUUCUUCUCGUCGCUAUCCUGUUUCAUCAGAUGUUCGAGGGCCUCGGCUUGGGCUCACGUAUUGCCGCCGUUCCGUACCCGAAAGGCAGCAUCAAACCAUGGCUCCUGGUUGUCGCCUUUGGAACGACUGCGCCAAUUGGCCAGGCUAUUGGUUUGAUUACUCGCGGAUCCUACGAUCCUCAGAGUGCUUUCGGUCUCAUCAUCGUCGGCCUCUUCAAUGCAAUUUCGUCUGGUCUUCUUAUCUACGCUGCACUGGUGGACCUUUUGGCCGAAGACUUCUUGUCCGAGGAGGCCAACAGGCUCAUGAACAAGAAAAAGAAGGCACAGGCUUUUGGCUGGGUGUUGCUAGGAGCCAUGGGCAUGUCAAUCGUUGGCGCAUUUGCGUAA